GUUGAUUCAGACAACAAUGAACUCAUUCAAGCAGUAAGUUUGACAUUUUCGUUCGUUUUUCUUCACAUUUCACCAUCGGAACGAUAUUUCGUUGCUGUGAUUUGACGCGUUUGUGAGUUGGAUUAUGGUUUACGGCGAUGUUUUGUCGAGAAGUGACGAUAUCUCGUGUUUAUGAGCUCGUGUGUGUUGAUCUGUAGUUUACAAUCGAUCACCUGAAGCGCUUCACACAGAGACAGAUGACAGUACAGAUGGAGUCUGACACCGAGAGAGCGAGGAUCUUCUGGCAGGAGAUGGAUGUUGAUGUUGUGUUCGACCAGCUGCUGGAUUUACUGCAACAUUUAAGAGAAGCCAUCACAACACACACAGCAUCAGACAGAGAUUAUGUAAAGGCGAUGAAGAUCAUUCUGGAGUCUGAAGUGAGCGUCUUGAAGAAUGAAGGCAUUGAGGAGGUGCUCAUUGAUGAAGAUAUACUGACGGUGACCGUCUCCGGGUCUCAAUGUUCUCCUGAUCACCCGAAGAACGGCCGUGUGACUGAUGAUCUUCUUCAGGACGCCUCGCGAUGCUCGAAGGACACAGAGACGAGCUCAGACUACAGUCAGAUGUCAUCAGCCAGUAGAAACGAAGCUCUGUGUUCGCAUGACCUGACAGCGCUGAUGUCUCCUCUGAGCGUCUGUUCUGAGGACCCCGAUUCCCCCGUCCCGCUCGACUUCCAACCUCACGACUGCAGCCCGGCGUGUGUCCUGCUGCUGCGCGCUCAUGCUGAUCACUUCCUGGGACACAACCCGUUCCGGGUGCCCAUGCUGUGCCAGUUUCAGCGCCACUGCGUCCGGAUCCACCCGUCCACAGAGCAGGAGGAGGAGGAGUCGGAGGUCUUUUACACCGCCCCAUGUGGGCGGGGCCUGCACUCCAUGGAGGCGGUGCUUGAUUUUCUGCUGCAGUCUGACAGUCUGGGUCGUCUUCAGCCGGACAAUUUCACCUUCAAUCCACAGAUCGUUCCAGAACGUCAGACGCAGCGGCGCGCUCCCGGCCCGCCGUCGGUUCUGUUUGAGCGCGACCUAAGCCGCGGGGUCGAGCCCGUUCCCGUUUCUCUCUGCAAUGAGGUGGACGGGCUUCGGCCCAAAGAGUUUCGCUAUCGCAAAGAGCGCUGGCCUCACGGCUGCUUCCUCGGCGCUGCUCCCUUCUUCUCAGUUUGCUGCGACUGCGCAGACGGCUGCGCAGAUGUCCAGAAGUGUGCGUGUCUUCAGCUGUCUGUCAGAGGAGGAACAGAUGAGAAGAAACACCAUUCUUACAAACACAUGAGACUCGACGCGCCUGUAAACGCCGGGCUGUUUGAGUGCGGCCCGUGGUGCGGCUGUGAUCGCGCUCGCUGUCAGAAUCGUGUGGUUCAGAGAGGACUGCGCGUGCGUCUGCAGGUCUUUCGCACCCUGGAGCGCGGCUGGGCCGUGCGAUGUCAGGAUGACCUCGACAGGGGAACUUUCAUCUGCAUUUACGCAGGUGUGGUGCUGAGACGAGAGCAGAACGUGGGGCCGGUGACUGUGAAGAGCAGAGAAUCCCAGGUGUCUGAUGAUGAGGUGGAGGUGGUGGAUGAAUGGACUCUUCCUGCAGAGAGCAGCGGGACAGAACCUCCGGAGCGCUCGCCUCUGCUCUAUGUCCCCGUUAUACAGAGACCUGCGGAUCAGCCCGGACACACACAACACAAGGUGAUCUCGUCUCCAGACUGCAGUGAAACAGAGAAUGAAGAUGUGUUGAGGAAGAAGAUGAGAUUAACAGAAUCAAACGGACACCGUGAUGGAGGAGAGGUGACGUCUGAUGGAGACGUGUAUUUUCUCAGCGCUUCCACUGAGGGAAACGUGGCCAGAUUUAUCAACCACAGCUGUGAGCCCAACCUGUUUGUCCAGAACAUCUUUGUUGAUACGCACGAUCCAAAAUUCCCACUGGUGGCCUUCUUCACAAACAGGACGAUUAAAGCUGGAACUGAAUUGUCGUGGAAUUAUUCGUACACAGAAGGAAGUCGUCCGGAUCAUGAGGUGUCCUGUCGCUGCGGUAACGCCACCUGUCAAGAACUCAUCAUCUGACACAUCAUUUCAAUUUUGUGAAUACAUUUCAUAAGCCUUUUAUUGUUACUGGAAGUCUGUGAGCGUUUGUAGAUUGUGAUUUUAUCACUCACCCUUUUGAAAAAGGAAAACAAAUAGAAUAAGAACGACCUGCUCCGGUUACUGUAGAUUUAUGACAAAAUGUUUUUAAAUAUCUUGAUAAGUUUCUAAACGGUUACAUGCAGAUCAAUAAAGUUUUUCUAUUAGAUUGCCAUUGUGUUUUUAGUGCUGUAGAAACAUAUGUGCGAGUUUAGUAUGUUUGAAGAAAAUCAAAUGUACUAAAAUAACUGGUACGUUUUUUUUAAAAGAAAGUUUUGUAUAUAACGUUACUGUUAAAAAUGGAAUUUUUUUGGAAAAAAAACCCUUAUGAUUUGUGGAUUUGAAUGUACAUUUAGACAAUCUCAUAUAUCAUAUCUGAACAGCUAGGGAAUCCACAAACUACUCUAUAGAGGGCUAUACUGGAACCUAGUGGUUACUCCAUUACACGUUUUUACUUUUUUUGUAGAACCAGAAGGCUCUAAUCAAAAAUGUCCAAAAAUUGAUUUUAAUAGCCUGGUCUGUUAUAACAAUGGAUAAAUAGAAAAAUUCAGUGGGUAAAAUGGGUAAUUGUAUAAAUACUUAGUACCAUCAAAUUGUCUAAAAAUGCUAAAAAAACAUCAAACAAAAAGGUUAUUGAUUUUCCUGAAAAAAAGUUACAUUUAAGGCUUAGGUCACUUUUGACCGAGAAGGAGCCAAGUGUAACCGCUAAACGAAGAGUCCCAGAGGGUUAAACAUGCUGUUAUGACUCCGGUCACUAAUGUUAAUCAAAGAACAAAAAUCUAUGCGAUUUUGUAGCUUUAAUGAUUGUUCUGUAUUUCAUGUAUUUAGCAGUAAAAACUAAAGUGGUUGAGAACUUGAUUUU